AUGGGUUCCAUUGGGGAAACAGCUAAUUCUCUGUCUAAUGGCGCUGGCAAUGGCAGUCUCUCUCCCGCAGCGGAAAGGGAAAAUGGCAUCGCUAAGCCAGGGCCCCGGAUAGAUGUUCAGCUGCGAGAAUUAUACGCCGAAAGUCAUGCUGCCAAGGUUUGGAGAGUGGCCACGGAGAUGCUGAAAGAGGAUCCCAGUCUCUCUCGCUUCCCCGAAUACGUCCCGUCAACCGGCGACACCGCAGGGCGAUAUGCAACAAGGGAAGCCAAAUUCUGGACCUGCGGCUUCUUCCCCGGGAGCCUCUACACCCUGCUAGAGCGCUGCGUGCGAUUUCCCAAAUCCCUCCCCUCGCCCGGAAUCGCCGACAGAAGAGCGCUGCAUGACCAACUGCUGCAGCUCUGCCGGAGCUGGUCGGCGCCUCUGCACGCCAUGGCCACUCGACGAGACACGCACGACCUGGGCUUUAUCAUCAUGCCUGCGUUACGGCUGGACUGGGAGCUGACGGGGAACCGGCAGAGUUGGGAAUCCAUCCUCACGGCGGCAGAGAGUCUGGCGUCGAGGUUCGACGAGCGUGUCGGCGCGAUCCGCAGCUGGGAUCAGUCGUUCAGCAAGAGAUACAGUAUCACAGACAAGGAGGAGAACUUUCUCGUUAUCAUUGAUAGCAUGUGCAACCUGGAUUUGCUGUUCUACGCCGGCCAUCACAGUGCCAACCAGCGGUUCAUCGAUAUCGCAACGAAGCAUGCACACACCGUCCUCCGGUCGAUCGUCAGGAAGGACUGGUCGACCUUCCAUGUCUGCAAUUUUGACCCGAAGACAGGAGCGAUCCAGUCGCAGUAUACGCAUCAGGGGUACAAGGACGACUCGACGUGGAGUAGAGGCCAAGCCUGGGCCAUCCUCGGCUUCACGCAGACCUACCACUGGACCAAGGACCCUGUGUUCCUGCAAGCAGCGACCUCGCUGGCAGACCACUUCCUAGCGCGUCUGGCAAAGGCAUCGCAUUCGCAUCCGUACGUCCCGGCGUGGGAUUUCGAUGACCAGACCAGCACUCCCCCUUUGCGUGAUACUUCCGCGGGGAUGAUAGCCGCGAAUGGGCUGGUGCUGCUGCAUCAGGCGCUGGCACAGAACAACACUCCUUCAACGUACCUCGACGCAGCAGUGCGGAUCGCCAGGGAGACGAUCGACCUCUCGCUGGCCUCUGACACGGCGAAUUUGGCUGUCGAAGCAACCAACGGCACGAUCCACGUCGUUGCGGACGAGGGCGAGGGCGAGAGCAGGUGGGAUUCUAUCCUGAAGAACGCGACGGCGAACAAUAAUGAGUUUGCGAUCAUGCGGUAUGGCGAUGUCGGGCUGGUGUAUGCGGAUUACUACUUUUUGGAGUUGGGGAAUAAGUUGUUGCGGAUGGGGUUGGCGUGA